UUUUCUUAAUGUUGAUAGAUAUCUUGUUGUUGGAAUGUGUGUGUAUAUAUAGAGGUAUCCGUGCCCAGCUAUCGAUCACUCAGACAGACGAGCAACAGACAGACAUAAGGUGUGCGGUGCUCUCUGCCUUGUUAGCAACCUUAAUUAGCAGGAGCAGCAAACCCGAUGGCAUCGUUCGGCGACGAUGAGAGGCCUCCUUCCCCGAAUGCAGGGAGCAAAGAUGGGAUGGUGGCGAUGGCAAUUCGGGCGUACACCAAAAAAGACGUGGCGCUGACGGAGGACGCGGUGACGGCGAUGGUGGAGAUCAGGGCCACAUCCUCCGCCGCCAUGAGGGAGGGGCUGGACCUGGUAGCUGUGGUGGACGUGAGCGGCAGCAUGGACGACGGGGACAAGAUCGAGAGCAUGAAGAAGGCCCUGCAGUUGGUCAUCAUGAAGCUCACCCCCAUGGACCGCCUCGCCAUCGUCACCUUCGACAGCACCGCCUGCAGGCUCAACCCGCUGCGCUCCAUGACGCUGGCUGCCCAGACCGAACUCAGGGCCGUCGUCGACGGCCUGGCUGUCGGCAGCGGGUCCCACAUAAAGGCCGGCCUUGACAUGGGGCUGGCCGUCCUCGCCGGUCGUGUCCAUACCGAAUCACGCACCCCCAACAUCUUCCUCAUGUCAGACGGGCAGACGACCUCCGGUGACCUCACGGAAGUUGACCCCGGCGAAGUGGCCGUGUACACCUUUGGUUUCGGCGCCGGCGCCGGCACCGACCACAAGCUGCUGAGCGACAUAGCCAGGAAGUCCACGGGCGGGACGUACAGCGCGGUGCCGGACGGGAACAACCUCAGCGCGCCCUUCUCGCAGCUCCUUGGCGGCCUGCUCACGGUGGUGGCGCAGGACGUCCAGCUCACGCUCGAGCCCAACAAUGCCGACGGCGACCUGGACAAGAUGACCGUGGCCCCCGGCACGGACUACACCACCACCACCGACGACAAGAGCGGCCACAUCACCAUCAAGUUGGGCACACUCUUCAGCGGAGAAGCGCGCAAGGUGGCCGUCAACUUCACGCUCAAGGACAGCGUCGAGACCGAGGAGUACGACGCCGUCUUGGCCGAGGCGCGGCACAGCUACGCCGGGCAGAAGGCGCGACAGGCUCCCGAGGCCUUCCUGAUCGUGCGCACCCCAAACCCAAGCUCUCCCGUCGAGGAGCGCUCCGUGCAGGCCGAGGAGGUGCCCUCCGCCGACGACGAUGCUGUCUAGAGGAGAUGAAAGGCGACCCCUUCACCGACUUCAGCAACAAAUAUUAUCUAUCAUUCCCUGUAUUAAUUUGUAGACUCCUUACUUUCCCACGCUUUUUCUAUAUCUAUAUCUAUGUCUAUAUCUAUACCUACCUACUAAUAAAGCAAAGAUAACU